AAAGAAUUGGAAAGGGAAGAAGAGGGGAAAUUGAAAAGAAGAGAGAGAGGGAGAGGGUAAUGGUCUCUCCCUCCCAACUCUCACGCUUUCAAAUUUUGAAAAUUAUCAAAAUCCAAAAUCCAAAACCCAAAACACCAAAACCCACAAUAUAACCCUCCCUCCCUCUCUCUCUCUUUUUCUACUUUCAAACGUCUCUAUAAGCGCGCUCCUUCUUCAUUUCAUUCAUUCUUUCUCUCUCUCUCUCUCUCUCUUUCUCUUUAACAUAAACCCUCCUCAGAUCCAUCUCCAUUUUCACUUUCCUCUUCCUCUCAAUACCCACUUCCCCAUUUUUCACUAUUAAUGGACUCGCUCCCGGAUGCUAUUGUUCAGUGCAUCUUGUCACAUAUGAGCAAUGCUCGGGAUGUGGCUGUCUGCAAUUGCGUAUCUAAGCGCUGGAAAGACUCGACACCCUACAUUCGAAGUCUCUAUUUCCCUCGUAACUCUUUUGACAACCAUUCGGGCGGGUUGAGUCCCGACAUCAUCAUUUGGAGGAUAAUAUCAUCCAUUGUUCACUUGGAGGAGCUUGUUGUUUAUAGUCCAUUUACAGGUGCUGGUCUUGCUUCAUGGUUGUCUAGUGUUGGCCCUACACUUCGACACCUUGAGCUACGAAUGGAUAAUCUGGUUGAUCUUCAGGCUUGUCAAGAGAGCCCUUCCAAGUUGGAAUGCCUUAAAUCUGCAGCAAAUUUGGAGACACUUAAAUUAUGGGGUGUGUUAAUGACACAUUCACCCAGGUGGGAUGUGUUUCAAAAGCUAAAAAACCUUGAGAUUGUUGGUGCCAAAUUUGAGGAUCCUGCAUUGAACACUGCUCUUCAUGCAUGUCCUAAUUUGUCCAACUUAUUGCUCCUUGCCUGUGAAGGUCUUUCUUCAGUUUCAAUUGAGCUGAAGCUUUUGGAGCAGUGUAAGCUGGACUUCUAUGGCUUGGGGAACUGCUCACUUUUGAUCAAUGCUCCUAAACUUCAACUCCUUGAAGUUCAAGGCUGUAGUUGGAUUAGAGCCCGUGGGACAAGUUCCUUGAGAAAUCUUUCAAUUGCCAAUAAUCACGGAAGAGUAUACAUGGUGGAUUUUGAUAAGCUUGCUUCACUGGAGGUUCUGUCCUUAAGAGGUAUUCAAUGGUGUUGGAAUGCAAUAAGCAAAAUUCUUGAAUGUGGGAGUGAAGUGAAACAUCUUUACAUGAAGGUUGAAUUCACUGGAGACUAUGAUGCACUUGAACCUUUCCCAGAAAUUGACUUUGUUGAGUUUUUCAAUAACCAUCCAAAGUUGCAAAAGUUUGACAUUCAUGGAGCCAUGUUUGCUGCACUUUGCCAAAAACACAGCCUUAAAAGUGUGGAUCCAGAUUUUGCAAUCUCAUGUUUGGAAGAAGUAUGGGUUACGGUUAGAUCACCGUUGAACGCCGAACAGAAGAUGAAUACUCUCGAAUCGUUUACAAAGUAUGCCAAGAACUUGAAGGCAUUGGUUAUAAAUAUACUUCGGAUGAAGAGUAGCCAUGGCAGUGCAGAUGAUUUCUUCGAUGAUAUUUGCAAAUUUAAACAUUGCCACCCCAAGAUCGUUCGCAUUGAAUAAAGCACUUCUCAUUUGUGAUUUUAUUUCAUCAUUUAUCCUUUUACAUUCUCUGAUUACAGGUUGGCCUCCUGAAAUGAUUUAACUUAGUUUGGUCAUUCUUUUAUGAAUGAACUCACAACUAAUUGCUCGUUUCCAGCGUUCUUUGAUGUGACCAUCAAUCAAAGAUGUUCAAUUAUUGCUGGCUUGAGCAUAGUUCAAUUGGUCAAGUAACCAUUUUGAUAGGUUGUAGGUUUGAAUUCCUACCAUUUGAAUUGUAAUAACCUAAAAAAGAAAGGCAAACUGAUAUUGGUGUUGAAGAAAUACAUUUUCUAGAUUUGAUAUCAAAAUUUCUUAGUUUGAAGGAACGACA